CACGGCAUCACCAUUCUGACUACACACCACACACACCUCCAUCUUGGGAUCUCUUGCCUGGAAGAGGUCAGCUUAAUCUUGCAUUUCGAAGAGUUGCUAGCUCUUUCAAAGUCGUCGUGUUGAAAGCUCAAAGCAAACUGAAUCUCCGAGCCCUGAGUUGCCGGAGGAUCCCCCGAUUCCGUAAUCGAGCAUCUCCCCCGAUGCAACAUGACCGAACUCCUUGAUCAAGCGCCAGAGGUCUUGCACAACAUCUUCCUCCACGUCGAGUCCACCGACCUGGCCUCACUGUCCAGGACAUGUCGAUACCUGCAUAAACUAAUCUGGGACGAUGAGCUGUUGUGGAAAUCCGAGUACCUGUCCCAAUUUGAUCCUCCUACCCAGGAGGACUCAUCGACCUGGCGAGAGAGGGUAACACGUCUCGUGAACAUCCAAAAGAUUCUCGAGUCAGACAACGUUGGUGUCAAAACAGCUGCUCUCGAAGAGGUCCUCACCAAAGCCGUGGACCUAGCAUACCAGUCCGAUCCGACGAGCAGCAACAACAGCGACUUUCUGGCAGAUUUAUUCCAGAAACCAAGCAAUGUCAACGCCUUUCUCUGCAGAUCCAGCCUUUCCGCACGAUCCCGGCCGAAUGUAUGGAGUGCCGCCCCCUCCGAGACUCUCCGCCAGCUCUCUGCGCAACUGCACGUGCUGGGUGGCAUGAAUCUAGAGCCAUUAUGGCCAAUACCGGAGGAAAUGACAUGUCCGCGCUUCGUGGACGAGGAGGGCACCGUGCUGGACAUCCCACAGCCGAUCCGACACGUCCACCCGUAUGCGCGAUCGCGAGUCUACGAUCUCCGGCGUUACACCGACGGCAACAUGUGGGGCCCGUUCAUGGACGAUGGCAGCCAACGCGUCGACUGGGAAAAAGUCCAGGCCAUCAUGAUCGUAAUCGCGUACAACCACCGACUGUACACUGAACGACGAGGGCUGGCGGGUCCUCUGCCAGCCGUGCUUUUCGCCGGGAUAGCAUCGUCGUCAUCGUCCUCAUCCGCCCCAUCACCACCUUCAUCAUCAUCAUCUUCCUCUUCAUCUCCUUCUACCGCAGCAGCAGCAGCAGGAGCAGUACCAUCAUCCUCAACCUCAUCAACAACGAGACAGAGGAGAAAAAGAACCUCUCCCGGCCUAGGCGGGACAGGCUCAAUCCUACGACCCUGGGAAGAACCCUUUUCCGGCAUCGCACGGGACAGCUAUGAAUCGUGCUCUCUAACAGGGACACCAUUGACCUCCGGACUACGACCUGAUCUUGACGCACUGGACCCCUACGGCGUCACAGGGACAUGGAUGCGCAUCGUCUGUUUCCUCGACUACAACGACCUCUACGCAUUCAACUUUGAAAGCGGCGACAUUCCCGAAGACCAGGAGCGCGACCCCAUCACGACACGAGAAGCGUUUCGUCUGAUCCGGCUGCAGUUGCGCGUCAAAGCCAUCCAAGACCCCGGCGAGGAAGACGGCAAGGAUUUGCCCGUGGUCCAUUUCGAGGGCACGAGCCGCUCGACGUUUAUGGCUUGGGAUCCGAAUGCGAAUUCGAGAAUUAAAGGAACCGUCCGCCAAACCCCGAGCGGCGCGAUCCGCUGGACUUCGUUCAGCUUGUUCCACGGCGAGGAGCGCUGGCGCAGCGAAGGCGUCCAGAUAGGAGGCCUCCGCUCCGCCCGUGGCAUCCUCGGCAACUGGUUCGACAAGGACUACGACCUCCACGGCCCCGCUGGUCCUACGGCAUUUUGGAAGAUCAGCGACGACAUGGUCGAGGAUAAGAGAUCGCCUUCUCAGCUCGUGCAGAUUUUCCUCGCUGAAUAGGAAACAACGAUUUUGGUUUGAUCCCAUGACUCGCUCAACAGACCACACCAGCCCAGACCAGGCCAACAUUAAGUGACUGGAGGUUUCGAAUGAGUGACUAAAAGUGACCAGUCCAGCUGAACUGGAUUUUGCUUCCUCACCUGGCAUGAACGCAACCGGACCGAGAUCAGAUCAGACCAGAAGUAUCGACCGAGAUCAAAACCUCCUGACCCAUCCAUGGUGCUAUCCCUAUGUCGACCAAUUCUAGGUCACCGGCUGGAGUGAGUAGUGACCCGAUCCGUCGAAUAAGUCGACUCAAGUCCAGCAAUCUAUCAGUCAUCUUACGACCCAACGUUGGUACUGUGCCCCACACAUAAAAAAGUUGUUGGCGGCUGCAUGCUAUUACUUUUCUUUUCGCGGCACUGGAGUUAACGGGCUGGGUUUCUUGUCGUUGUCGUUGUCGCUGUCGGAGAUGCUUUGGGCUGGCUGGUCGACUGGCUGACUGGAUACCUUAUGCGUGCAUGUUUUUUGUACGAGAUAGACGAAACAAUGAAUCAACGAAUGGCAAUCGAAGCACUGAGUGUUACCAUAUGUGAUAUGUGUCUGCAUCCAAAACACGUCGUACAGCAGACGAACAGGGGCCUAGGAAUCGGAACAUGACCAUCCAGCAAAUAAUUUGCUGGGAUAACCCAGUUAGUGACAUUGGAAUUGCCCUAGCCACCAGGGACGGGCAACGAGUCUUGCGACCAUGUUACAGAGCGCAGUAUGUGUAAAGAGAGGUCCUCGUAAAUCCAAGCCACCCACUCAUUCACCGCGCUGGGAUACAGCGGCGAUUUGGUCGCGUAUAUAUCCCCGAACCGUUCAUCCUAUGCUUCAUGUCCGAG